UUGCGCAGCUGUGUGUGUGCCCGUUGCGAGCUGUGGGAUGCACAGAGGUGUGGUCCAUCGCGCGCGCGCACACCCACGCGCAGAGUUUAUUCCAGUGGGCAGCAGCCUCUCCUUUUUCUUCCCCUCUCCGCUUCUCGCCGUGCCCGGUCUCUCCGCUCUCUGACGGCUGCAGCUCCGCGAACUCUAUCUCUCCGCUGAUCAAAAGACUGUCAAAAUGGCCAGCAAAGGAACUGUGAAAGCUGCUGCUAACUUCAAUGCCAGUGCAGAUGCAGAGGUCCUGCACAAGGCCAUGAAAGGCCUAGGGACCGAUGAGGAGGCCAUCUUGCAGCUGCUGGUCGCUCGGAGCAACGCCCAGAGACAGGAGAUCAAGGCCGCCUACAAGACUCUGUUUGGAAAGGAUCUGAUAGACGACCUGAAGGGAGAACUUGGUGGUAAAUUUGAGACCCUGAUCGUGGGUCUGAUGACUCCGCCCACUGCUUAUGAUGUGGUUUCUCUUCGAAAUGCCAUUAAGGGGGCGGGGACAGACGAGAAGGUGCUGGUGGAGAUACUGGCUUCCAGAACACCUCAGCAGGUGAAGGACAUUGUUGCCGCCUACCGACAGGAGUAUGACGAUGACUUGGAGGAGGAUGUAUGUGGAGACACCUCAGGUCACUUCAAGAGACUUUUGGUUAUUCUGCUGCAGGCGAGCCGGCAGACAGGGAUUCAGGAGGGAGAAAUCGAGAACGAUGCUCAGGUUCUCUUCAAGGCAGGAGAACAGAAGUAUGGGACCGAUGAACAAACGUUUGUUACCAUCCUGGGCAACCGCAGUGCAGAACACCUGAGGAAAGUGUUUGAUGCAUACAUGAAAAUGUCUGGAUAUGAAAUGGAGGAAAGCAUCCAGAGAGAAACAUCUGGAAGUCUGAGAGAUCUGCUUCUAGCUGUUGUGAAGUGUGCCAGGAGUGUACCAGCCUAUUUUGCCGAGACCCUCUACUAUGCCAUGAAAGGUGCAGGCACUGACGAUAACACCCUGAUUAGGGUGAUGGUGACUCGUAGCGAGGUGGACAUGCUGGACAUCAGAGCUGAGUUCAGAAAGCUGUUUGCUCGCUCCCUGUUUUCGAUGAUCAAGGGGGACACCAGUGGAGACUACCGCAAGGCCUUACUAUUGCUCUGUGGGGGUGAUGACGAGUAACCUAGCAACACCUGUUGGUUAAAACACGCCUAAAGUGCCUCCCUUUCCUGUGUCUUUAGCUUACACACAAAAAAAAAAACAUAAAAAAAAGUUUUUAUGAAAAUAUAGAAAGUCAAAGAUGGCCCUUCAGUUCGGUCAAGCAAUUACUCCAUGUUUUGAAGGUUUUUCCCCAUUAAUGCAGCUUAUGGUGCUCUAAUAACUUCAUCAUAAUUUUUGUUGUGCCAUUCGUUUAUAUUGUCAAAGUAUCAGGAGACAGUCGCUUUGUUUGAACUUUGUACGGUUGAACCAAUUUAUGCAAAUAAACAUUCACUGAGGUGAAGAUUA